GGGAACAGGACGGGGCGGGGCCAGGACCGGGGCUAGAAGGAAGGAGGGUCUCUGUACCCGUCCCGCUUGCCUCCGCAAUUCCAACGUGGGGGUGCUGCUGUAGGCUGCCCAGCCCCGGCUCGGGCUCCAGCUCCGGUCUUGAUCCUGGUCCCACUAAGGGGACGGAGAGACCAGUAAGUCCGUCCGUCCGUCCAUCUGUCCAUUUGUGCGUCCCAAGGUCCUACCAUGGCGGCUUCUUCCUCCUCUGGGCGCUUUUUCCUUCUCUUGCUGCUACUACCUUCACCGCUGGGCGGUGAGAGGUGUGGGUUCUCCAAAUCCUGUCCAGAGUUCUGUUGUGGGAACUGCAUCUUCAAAUACUGUUGUUCUGAUCUGCUGAAGAAGUUUGAUGACAACGACAUUCUCUGCUCUGACAGAUCAAUAGAGUGGGAAGAAAAAGACGAGAAGAUGACGUUUGACUUUGAUAAUAAUCCCCCACCAGGUUUCGGGACAUUCGUGGGCAUUGGAGCAACCAUCUUUGUGCUCAUUGUGGUCACCAUCAUCCUCUGUUUAACGUGUUCCUGCUGCUGUUUGUACAAGAUGUGCCGAAGGCCCAGACCUGUGGUGACCACUUCGACUACUGUGGUUCACUCUGCAUACCCACAGGCACAAGGUGUGCCAUCUGGUUACCCUGGGGCCAUGUACCAAGGCUACCAACCCAUGCCUGUCCAGCCAGGGAUGCCAGUUGCGCCUUAUCCAACCCAGUAUCCGCCACCCUACCCUGCCCAGCCAACUGGACCUCCUUCCUACCAUGAGACUCAGUCUGCAGGUGCUGGAGCACCAUACCCUGUCAGCCAACCUCCAUACAACCCUGCGUAUGUGGAGCCUCCAAAGACUGCCUAUUGAGUGGCUUCUGUGCUCUGUCCCUGAAGCCCCCCCCCCCUUUUCCUCCUCUUCCUGCCUGUCAGUGUGUGUUGGAGCGUGUGGGAAUGUGUGUAUCUGUGUUGUCUUCUCUUCUUCCAAGUAAAUGCAAGCUGUAUGUUGUACUUGUAACAUUCUGUUUCCCCACAGUAUAUGGGCUGGGAUGAGAGACAGUGAGACACCAUUUCCUGAAACUUUGCUCAGAUCAUUCUGGAAAAUGAGUUGGUGUUAUUUUUGCCAAGUCACAGGAAAAAAAGAAGAGACUUGUGGAAGCAGUGUUAGGGCAGUGUUUGAAGGGCAAUUGUGAGACACAUGUUAAAAGGAAUAGAUGAAAAUACCCUUGUCAGCACCUGGCUUCUCACCAUGUCAUGAGUUGCUGACCUUGCCUGAAGACCAGAAAAGGCUACUCCAUCCUGGUGCUGAAGGCCUCACAGAACUGGUGUCCUCCACAGUGCCCUGCUGGGCAGAGGGAGGAGAGCAGCAACAUCAGACUGAUCUGAAUAAGUGGUCGUCAGGGCCUUUGGGUCUGUGACCAUGGCAGCUUUGGGGCAUUUCUUUAAAAUUCUCAUCAGCUCUGUACUGGCCAGAAGACAUUUUUAGAUGCUACAACAUAAUUAACUCUGCUCUUGAAGGCCUCAGCUCAUUCCAUCUCAGGGGCCCUGCUGGGGCCUCAGGCCUCCCUCUCCAUCCAGUCUCCACCUAGAAAGAGGAUUAGGUGAGGACUUAACCCUCCUGGCUGCUGAAAAGAACUUGAAGCCAACCAGGAGUGUGGGUCUGUGUGUGUUCUGGGAAGCAGGGGAAGAUCCUCUUGGAUCAGAGGCUUGAAUUGUUUUUUCAUUAAACACAUUUGGCCAGCACUUGGCUGAAGAAGAUAGAUAUAAAUCUUGUCCCUUCCUCUGUCAGAGAGGGGAGAAAAGAUGAGUGCUAGGUUUGUCUCAGUUCUGUUUGCUGAGCUGCUCUCUCCCAUUCAUUCCCAUGUCAGGAAGGACAUCCAGACUCAGGUUUGUCAACCCUUGUUCUUUCUUAAUUUUUUUAAAACUUUAUCCCAGCACUGGUAGCUGUUGUGACCUGUGUUUGUCUCCUGAGGCAAGAGAUUUUGAUGACAUUUAAGCUGCAAGUAACAUAUGCUCAGGCUUGCCCUGGGUGGGUGGGGUGCAGGAUGGAUAGGGGAGAAGUAGAGAAGGGGACAAUGCCUCAAAGGAGAGGGGGCAGACUGAAUUCCCUCUUUAUUCUAGAGGGGAAUGGGUUGAGAUGAUUUUUAAGGGUACCAUCCAGCUUCAAAAUCCUAUAACCUAGCUUGGAUCCUCUCCUCUUCAGUUAAUCCUAUACUUCCUCUCCCAAAACCCAAAUGGAAAGGGCUUAGCUGGAAUAGCAUUGAAGUCUGAUUGUGGCUUGGCUGGGUCUUGUCUAGAAGGGGGAAUGGGUAUUUGGUUUCAGAGCACAGGACUUUUCUGGUCUUAUCCUUUGGCCACUUUCAUUCUCUCAUUUGUAACCUGUUGAUUCUUGUGUGUUCUGUGAAGGAGCCUGUACCUGUUUGGGCCAAGUUCCUAUUUGUAAUAAACCUAUGGAUUUGAAAAA